AUGUCUGCCAACCCACAAUGGUCACAUCACGAACAAGCCCUACCACAGGGGACGGCGGUUUCGUCAACGGCGAUGGAUGACGCAGAGAAGGGCAUCUACGACAACACAGCGGCGUUACCGGUGAUUACCACACCGCCACCAGCGUACAUCGACGAGAAGAAGGCGAUCCAAACAGUGUCGACGACCGAUGGUACGGUAACACCACCGACUCCGCCGGCAGCACCGGCCAAGAAGCCGGCGAAACCAAAGCCUAGCCGGUGGAUCCUCUUCCAGCUCUGGUUCAACACAUACCGCAAGUUCUUCACCUUCGUCACGGUUCUCAACCUCGUCGGGAUUGCCAUGGCCGCAGCCGACAAGUGGGACUAUGCGAGAGACCACUUGGGCGCGUUGGUGCUCGGCAACCUGCUCAUGGCCGUGUUGAUGCGCAAUGAGAUGUUCCUGCGGUUCUUGUACAUCAUCUCCAUCUAUGGGCUGAGAAGUUGGGCACCGGUGUGCAUUAAGGUCGGGGUGACUUCGAUUCUGCAGCAUGUUGGAGGCAUCCACUCCGGCUGCGCCCUUUCUGGCGCCGCCUGGCUCGUCUACAAGAUCGUCGAUAUCAUCCGGUACCGUUCCGUGCAGCACAGCUCUGUGAUUGCGAGUGGCAUUAUUACGAAUGUCGCUGUCAUCAUCUCGGUUCUGAGCGCCUUCCCCUGGAUCCGCAAUAACUACCACAACACAUUCGAGAGGCAUCAUCGCUUCAUUGGGUGGCUGGGUAUCGCCGCCACCUGGGUGUUCGUGAUUCUGGGCGACAUUUACGAUAUCAAACGAGGCGAAUGGAGACCCGACUCACACUCUUUGCUCAGCGUGCAGGAGUUAUGGUUCGCCGUGUUCAUGACAAUCUUCGUCCUCAUCCCCUGGGUCACCCUCCGCGAAGUCCCUGUCGAAGUCGAGCUCCCGUCGCCCAAGGUCGCGAUCCUCAAGUUCAAGCGCGGGAUGCAGCAAGGGCUGCUCGGGCGCAUCAGCCGCACCUCGAUCAUGGAGUACCACGCCUUCGGUAUCAUCAGCGAGGGCCGAAAGUCCGGCUGCCACUACAUGAUCUGCGGGGUGCAGGGCGACUUCACCAAGAACCUGGUGGCCGACCCGCCCAAGACGGUGUGGACCAGAGAGCUCAAGUUCGCCGGCGUUGGGCACGCCUCGGCCAUGUUUAAGCGAGGAAUCCGCAUCUGCACCGGAACUGGCAUCGGCGCUGCGCUGUCCACUUGCAUCCAGAGCCCGAAUUGGUUCCUCAUCUGGAUAGGGUCCGACCAGGAAAAGACAUUCGGACCGACCAUCACCGGGCUCAUCUACAACAACAUCCCCGCCGAGCGCAUGAUCCUCUGGGACUCCAAGAAACGAGGGGGGCGGCCCGACAGCGUGAAGCUGCUCAAGGAGGUGUGGGACAGCUUCGGCGCCGAGGUCAUCUUCAUCACGAGCAACAAGCAGGGCAACGACGAGAUGAUGCAAGGUUGCCGCGCAGCCGGGUUGCAUGCCUUUGGCACGCUGUGGGAUUUCUAGCCGGGCCGACAUCACGCCGACAUCAAAAGGGGCGGAUUUUAGGGCUGCGGCGGAUGAGAGUUUUGGAUUACUUACACACAUUGCAUGGGGAGUCAGCAUUUGUCCACUAGAUUUUUGUUUAUCUUUUCGUCACUCUGAUAAAGUCAAGAAGGAGAGAGCAUGGGUCAAAUCAGGAGUUGCAUGAUCGCCGGGGGC